GGCUCGAUAUGGAUCGUGAUAAGCGACGCAGCGAGGAGCAUGAAGCAGAGCUCGAUCGCAGAAUCGCCCUCAUUCGGGAAAAGAACCAUCAAAUUGAGCAACGUACUAAGGAGAUCGAAGAGGAUCGUGUACGCAAUGAGGAUUCUAUAGCGAAAUCUCCAAAGUCAUCGUCUCAAACGCCUCCUAAAGCGACAACCCCAGACCGUACAGGUCAGUGGAGUCGCGAGUGGGACAAAGGAAAGACACCUGCCGAAACUUGGCGGGAGAACGUGCCUUCAAUGGAUUUGAAGGGAAAAUUGGCGGGUCAAAGUGGCGCUAAUACUAAUAAUAAUAAUAAUACCAAAAACCAAGAGAACGGAGGAGGAUCUGGAAAUAAUCGACGAGGCGGUGGAAGAGGUAAUGAACAAGGACAGAAGAAUCAAAAGGAUCAAGUGAAGAUGCCAUCAAGAUUGGAAGGAAGAGUUACUUUUCCUGGAAAACAGAAUGAGGAUAAGGAAGGAAAACGAGGUGGAAAAGAUGGAAAAGGUGGAAAUCAUGGAAAUUCUGGAAGAGGAAAUCAGAAAGAAGGGCAUUCGGAAAAGAAAACCUCGGUGACCGCUUCCGAUGGAGAGGCUCAAAGAGGGCAGAGAAGACGUGGAAGUCAGAAAGAUCAGAAGGAUCAAAAUGGGAAACAGCAGAUUCAGAAGAAGGAUGGAAAAGGAAAGAGCCAGCCGGUUGGAGAUAAAGUUAAUGAGGAUAAGAAGAAACAAAAGAGUAAUCGUACGCGUCGUGAGAGUGAUAACUAUGCAGUUCGAAAAGUUCUCCACAGAAUAGUUGACAAAGUAUGUUGGAUGGAGCGAGUUGAGAAGAGAAGAGCAAAAAAUGAACUGCUCGGGGAGCAAGAAGAAUUGGAAGAGGAGCCGAAGAGUGAAGAUGAGGUUGAUGUGGAAGAUCACGAUCAAGAAGAAUGCCAAGAUCAAAGAACAGAGACUCAAACUCCAAAAAAUUCUGAGCCGGCUCAAGAAGAAGAAACCCGUGCAGAGGAAUCUAAAGAUAAAGAAAAUACCGAGAAUUCUGAUGAAACAAAAGAAGAAUCUUCCGAAGAUGUAAAAGAAGACAGUAAUCAGAAUGUGAUCAGUCUGGUCCGUGAAAAAGUGGUUACCAUGACAACCUCUCAAGUCGCCUAAUCCUCUAAAUUUCUGUGAUUUUUUUUUUCAUAAGAAAAUUUAAAAAAAAACCAAUACAAAAUGACAUUUGUGCCUUAAUGCUUCCCACUUGUUCCCAUAUUUCAGUUUAUCAACCUGCAAUAUUUAUUAUUACGCAACUAAUUUUUUUUUGUAAAUAAAGCUUCUUCUCU